AUGCCUCCGUACGAUCCCAGUCAGCAGUCUGACGCUGUCCGGCGCAUCCAGCACGACCAGAGCGCCAUCACCAUCGAGGGCAAGACCCUACGAUAUGCCGCCUUCACCAUCGGCGAGGCGCCUUCCAAGGGCUUCCCGCUGUAUAUCGCCCUUCACGGCGGCGGCCUCGCCCCAGCCAACGUCAACGACGAGGCGUGGGAGGGCAUGAAGGAGUACUACCGCUCCAGCGUCCAGCAGGGCGUGUAUGUGGCCGUCCGCGGGAUCACCAACACGUGGGACCUCCACUUCCAGGCCGAGUCGUACAUGCUCCUCGAGCGGCUCAUCGAGAACAUGAUCCUCUUCACCAACGUCGACUCGGACCGCGUCUACCUCCUCGGCUACUCGGCCGGCGGCGACGGCGUCUACCAGCUGAGCCCGCGGCUGGCCGACCGCCUCGCCGCCGUCAACAUGUCGGCCGGGCACCACAACUGGGUCAGCCUCGCCAACAUGGCGUCGACGCCCAUCUGCCUCCAGAUGGGCGAGAGGGACGGCGCGUACAACCGGAACAGCGCCACGGCCGAGAUGGGCGAGACGCUGGACGUGCUGGCCGAAGUGAACCGGGGCCAGUACGAGCACCAAAUCUUCAUCCACAAGGGGCGCUCGCACGGCUUCGUCGACAACGACCCGCGGAGGAGCCUGUACCCCGUGCUGGACUCGCCGCAGCGGUGGCUCAAGGAGGGGGACACAAGCGCCCAUCUCACGGACACGAACGCCGCUGCGUGGGUCAGCCAGUUCACGCGCAAUGCGCUGCCGUCGCGGGUGGUCUGGGACCUCACCACGCGGGCGGCACGGACAAGCCGGGGGCUCUGGUACUGGCUAGAUAUUGGCGACGAGACGGCCGAGAGUUUGGGGACGGAGGUCAUCGUCGCCAGGCUGGAGGCUGCGUCCAACGGAAUCGUCAUAGAGAAGGCCAGGACGAUCCUCCGGAUACUGCUCAACGACGAGAUGCUGGACCUAGACAGACCGAUCCAGGUAUCGGUAGGGCGUCAGGACUUGGAGGUACAGGUCCGAAGAGACGAGGAGCUGCAGGUCGCGACGCUCGCACAACGUUGUGACCCGCGUUGGGUGUUCUCUGCCGCCAUUGACUUGGUUCAGGAUGCAAAUGGUUGGCAUAUUCUGCCACAAUGA